CAUCCUUUGGGGGCGGCGACGCUGGAAGAAGAUGGCGGACGAGGCGGGUAGCAACGGGGACGCUUCAGCCUUGCCGGUGGGAAAAGAGGCAGUGGAUCAGCUGAUCAAAGAAAAUAGCCACAUCUUCACUGACACCCAGUGCAAAGUUUGUAGUGCAGUGCUCAUCUCUGAAUCUCAGAAGCUUGCUCAUUAUCAGAGUAAGAAGCAUGCAAACAAAGUUCGGAGAUACAUGGCUAUCCAUGGGGAAGAGGAAUUCUGUCAGAGUAAGAAGAUAAAGCUAGAUACAGAACAGAGCAGUAACGGUGAAGACAGGAACAAAUGCUGUCCCAUCUGUAACAUGACCUUUUCUUCACCUGUUGUGGCUAAUUCUCACUACUUAGGCAAGACUCAUGCCAAGAAUUUGAAACUGAAGCAGCAGGCUCCUAAAACAGAAGCAGCAUUAUCCAUUCAGAAAGAGCCUACUAAUCUUCUUCCCACUACUGCAUCCUCUAAUGAAGAGAAUCAAAACACUUCUGACCCAGACAAAUUCUGCAAUCUCUGCCAUGCUACAUUCAAUAAUCCACUGAUGGCAAAACAACACUAUGUCGGCAAGAAACACAAAAAGCAACAAACCAAGCUUAGGCUAAUGGCACACUAUGGGAGAACUCCCGAGGAGCCAGCUGUUUCCAACGCUGCAAAGGGGUAUCCCUGCAAUGACUGUAACAUAGUACUGAAUUCUAUAGAGCAGUAUCAAGCUCAUAUCAGUGGCUUCAAACACAAGAAUCACAUACCAGGAGGCAUUCCCGUAACAGCACGAUACCAGAAACAACUGUACACACGAGAGGAAACCGCCGGCCCUGAUGGCCCUAGCUGUUUCAGCCAGGACCUCUAGAGCACACUGCUGUGCUGUCUCUCUGGAUUGCUCGUGGCUCAAAAGUGAACCCUUUUGCUGGCCUGCUACGAUAUUACAGUUUCACUGACUAAAAGAAAUCCUCCUGGUCUGCACUGUACAGGUUUAGCUGAUUGAGAACCAACUAUUGGCUAAAGGAUUUAGAAGGGACAUCAUUACUACUUGGCAUUUGCUCAGUCCUUUAGAGUAGUUUUCAUUGUGUAAUCUCUUACUGUAAUAGCAGUUGGGGGUGGGUGGGAUGUGGGGUUCUCUCGGGACCCAUCAAGGCGCUUGGCAUUUGCUGAGAUUCCAUCUUGAGCCCAUCCUUCCCUUCUGCCUAGAAGCAGAAAGGAGUCCUGCAACACAGGAACAGCCAGAGGAGAUAGACCUUAAGAAGAAAGCUCUUUAAUUCAUGAUAACACAAGGCUUGUUAUCUAUGAGACAUGGAAUGGGUGUAAUGGACAGACUGACUAUCCUUGCUUAGAAUUGGGGUGUUACAUUGUUGUAUUCAUCUUGCCCCUGCUGGAAUGAAUAGGGUUUGUGUGCAGUUUCUUAAGUCAUCCAUUUUGCCAUUCAUAACUACCUUGUAUUUCAGCAGAUGUUGGCUUUGGAGCAACUGGUGGUCUGUUUGGUAAAGUUUUUUUCUGUUAGUAGUACGCAUAAUCAACUUCAGAAACACAAGAAGGAGGGGGCUCUGGUGCAAAUAGUGGUGCCUCCCUAAAACUUCACUCUUUCAGUUCCUGGCAUUUAUUUUUCUGGAAACUGUAAUGUGUUUGAACCUAUGUGUACACCAAGUUUUUUAUGUUAAAAUGUUAAUAAGAAAUCAUUUGAUGUGGCGAUGGAGGCUCUUAAUUUUUUGUUCGUUAAGGCAUUCUAACAGACAGAAAUAAAUUGAGAGAACCCAGAAGCUGCAUUUUGACUACCGAGUGGAAGUGGUGUUUGUAGGUGAACCUUCCCUGAGGCUUAUUUUAUUCUUGGUAAUGUCUCUCUUAUUUCUUACCUUUGUAACCGUCCUGAAGCUUAGAUAUUAGGUGAUGUGUUUUAGAGGCAUCUGUUCUCUAAGACUUCUAUUGUCUUUCCCCUGAUAAAUUUCUAGAAUGUAGGAGGGAAUUCUACUUAAGUUGAUUUGGUUGCAUGUUUUCUUUAGAAAAGAAAGAAAUUAAUCCAUUCUGCUAAUAUUAGAUUAAUUCCUUCCCUGUGCAUGUAAAAAUGGAGAACUGCCAAUAUCCACGUUAGAUGUACCCCACCUUUAAAAAACACCUUUCCUAUUUAAAACCAGCUAACAAAUGCUCUGCUUCAAAUGAAGCAGCAUUUCAUAAGACUUAACUGUCACUUUAAGAGGUCCUUUGCUCAGUAGCUUGUUUAAUCUACAAUCUUCCUAAUGAACAGGAAGACCAUGUGCUUUCUAGG